UCAUUGCAGCCAUCAGUGGCCUCUGAUAAAACAUUGAAAAACGUUUAAUCCAUUCAAAUUGAAUAAUUCAUCACGUCAUGAAAAUUGAUUCACGUAUUAUUCAUCCGUUCGCUCUUGACAACCUUUCAUCGUAUUUGCAGAAAUGUGUUAUUGUGCCUCUGAACAAAGGAUAGCGGUAUACUGAUAGGUAUUGCGAAAGCGAAGAAGCUUCUCGUUCGUUUGCACUCGCAAUUGUCACUAAAAAUAUCACGGAACAGCAGAAUGGAAUAUUGAUUCUGAAUGUGACAGACAUUUGCCUUUAGGCAGGAAAUGAACAUAAAGUGUUCCGGAAAAUCAAAUGCGAAGCAAAAGCCUUUUGGCACUGAGCUAAGCAUUUUAAUUGGUGCAUGUGUGUUGAUAUUCCUAUCAUUUCCUCGCCUAUGCAAAUAACAGAAUUAACAUUUGUUUAAUAUUUCAAUAGAUGUUAUUAGGCUUUACUUGCGAUGAGGCAACCAGUAUUCAAUACCACAAAGGCGGGAAUACACAUUACAGGGAAGUUAAACAGUUCGAUAACAAGAAAUCAUUUCUUCACCAUUGUUGAAAUACUAAAAUGGUAGAUGUGACUUUGCACUUCGUCAUUUUAGCCUCUAUGUCAAUCCUCAUUGUGGCUGCCAAUAUCAUCGUUUGCGUAUCUGUAGUAACAAACGCUCAACUUCGCACUUACACAAACGGAUUUCUCGUAUCUUUGGCCGUUUCAGACAUUUUAACGGGCGGACUCUUCUUUCCCGUUCACCUUAGUGGGCCAUAUUCGCCUGUAGCUUUCACAGAAGGCUACUUGGUUGCUUUCGUUCUGUUGGCUGGUGUUGGCAAUAUUUGUUUGGUCACAUGGGAUCGCUAUAUUGCUGUUACCAAACCGUUCCAGUACAAGGAAACAGUGAAGAAACACUUCUCAAAGAUGAUUAUCGUGAUUUGGGCAAUUUCCUUACUCGUUGCUCUCUUACCUCUGACAUGGAUGACAGAUUACAAUAUCGUCAUUCACAAAGUGUAUCUCUUUUGCUUAAUGGGCUUUUUUGUUGUCAUCCCGUACGCAGCAAUAUUUCUUGCUUACUACAAAAUUGGUCAGAAUUUGAGGAAACACCAACAGAAAAUUCGCAAACACUCUCACGCCACUGGUUCUCAUAAAUGCAAAAGAAUGAAAGCAGAGGCUAAAGUCACCAAAGUUUUUCUCGCUAUUGUAAUGAUAUUUGUGUUAUCAUGGUUGCCGAUCAUUUAUAUGACAACAGUUGCCAGUUUGAACAAGCUUAACUUAUCUCCUGACGCUCUUCAAAAAGCUUCUCUUUAUACCGUGGCACUUUCUUCUUUGGCAAAUCCUUUACUUUACGCAUUUGUUAAGCAGGAUUUUCGGCGGCAGUUUAAAAGACGCUCAGCGCGCCAAGGGAUAAGUUCUGUUUCUGCAGCUGCCAAUAAAAUGAUGGAGCCUCCAACGGCACCUUGUAGGACGGAAAAGGACCGCAAAAAAAAUACAGUCAUUUACGUCAAAUAUUUCUCCCUACGGAGCUAAAUAUA